UCUACAUUCUUAAAAAGGAAGGAACUUCAAAACUGCGCAGCUGUGAAAUUAAGAUUUGCAGAGCGUGUUUGUUGACGGAUGCCAGACCAGCAACCUAACAUUAGUGGUUAUGAAUGUGGAGAUGCAAGCAAUGUGCUGAAACUCUAUCUACAAGGUACCAAUUACUGAAGCAUUACAAAUUAAAACAUGGGCAUUUUGGUCAAAGACACACAUUUCCAUGCACAUACUAUGACUGCCCUUGUUCAUUCAAAACAUGGAAUGCUCUGAAAACUCAUUUAAGCAGAUGUCAUGUUGAAGAAAUACUUGGAACGAGUGCAGAGCUUGUAACAUUUACAUGUAUUUUGUGUCCAGGAAGUGUCUUUUCAUCGAGUAGAGAGUACUUUUCACACACCAACAACCAUUUAAAAAAAUAUGAGACUGUCCCUUGCAUGUUUCAGAAUUGUUCUUUUCAGACUAAUAUAUAUGCUACCUUUAAAUCUCAUAAAAACAGGAAACAUGGCACUUGGACAGUAAAAGACCUGAAAGAGGAAAUAGUGAAAAUUUGUGAUAUAAGUGAGGACCGCACAUCUGAAGAACAUUGCAGCGAUCUUGCAGGAACUGCCUCUGUUUUAUCAUCUCCCCAUUUAAUUAAUUCUGACACUGAAAAUGAGAACCUGCAAAACAUCAUAAUUGAGAAAUUUGCAUCUGUUCUUUUGAAAUUGGAGAUUUACUCACAUGUACCAAGCUUAGCAGUUGAUGAGUUUCUUGAAGAACUGCAUUUUAUUUUAACCUCUGCUGUAUUGCCUAUAUCAAAAAGUACAGCUGUUGAUAUUUUCAAAAAGCAUGACCUUAAUGUUGAUCAGUCAGUAAUUGAUGAGCUGAGCAUUGCUAUUUCUGCUCACAAUCCCUUGUUAAAAGCAAUAGCUAAGAAUGGUCAACUAGCUUCAGCUUUUAAACGUAAACAAUUUUAUAAGGAGCAUUUUAAGGUUGUAGAACCUGUUGAGUAUUUACUUGAAGGAAGGCCUAACAACAAAACGUUCCAAUAUGUUCCCUUAAUCAAGUCCCUACAACAACUGCUCAGUCGAAAUGAUGUGAUCGAUAAAGUUGUUGAUAGUCUUACUGACUCUUCUGUGACUCAACAGCAGUAUUUGUCUUUCAAAGAUGGUGAACACUACAAGAACAAUCAGUUUUUUUCAGGUGAACAACUAAGACUCUCAGUAUGCCUGUAUAUAGAUGACUUUGAAGUUUGUAAUCCAUUGGGAACAUCGAGGAAGAAGCACAAACUGUGUGUUGUUUAUUGGACUUUAGGUAAUUUGCCACCUGGUUCAAGUUCAGCCUUGUCCUCAAUUUAUCUUUCAUUAUUGUGCAAAAGUGAUUAUGUUAAAUCAUUUGGAUGA